AUGGGAGACGGUGAGCUGGAGCGACUCACUCAGCUCCGUGAGCGGCGGGUCCAGCGCGCUGCUGCUCUUGUUAGACUCUUGGGAAAAGCUUGGAAGACUACCUACCUGAGACCUCGGGAGGGGAAUCAGACAAGCGCGUUCAACCCACCACCACAUGGGGGGUAUUACAAUACAGUCACGCCAAACCGCUGCGCAAAGACACAGUCUGAGAUUAUCACCGGACACAACGCCAUUAAGCGCUGGAUCAUAACUCAUUACUGGCAGCCACCGAUAUUGAUAAUGUGA